AUUAAUAGUUUGACCAGAAAAAAAAAGGUGACAACUUUGAUAAAUGAGAAGGAAGAACUUGCAGUUGUUGCAGGGGAAGAGAAACGAUGAGUAAUACAGGUGAUCAUCAAUUGCUUCUUGAAGAUGAACACUCUCUUCUUCAGAAAGAAAUCAGUGAACAAUAUGCUGGAGAUGGGUCUGUUGAUCUUCAAGGAAAUCCUGUUUUAAAGAGCAAAACUGGAAACUGGAGAACCUGCCCUUUUAUUCUUGGCACUGAAUGCUGUGAACGUCUUGCUUACUAUGGUAUUGCAAAAAAUCUUGUCAACUAUCUAACAAACAGACUGCAUGAAGGUAAUGUCACUGCAGCAAGCAAUGUAAACACCUGGGCAGGAACAUGUUACCUUACUCCUCUUUUAGGUGCUUUCUUGGCUGAUGCAUACUGGGGAAGAUAUAGGGCAAUUUCCGUGUUCUCUACUAUCUACCUCAUUGGGAUGUGUACAUUGGCCCUAUCUGCAUCAGUAUCUGCAUUAAAACCUUCUGAUUGUGUGGGUCCGAUUUGCCCUUCAGCAACUCCAGCACAGAAGGCAGUAUUUUUUGUGGGACUUUAUCUGAUUGCACUAGGAACAGGAGGAAUAAAACCGUGUGUUUCAUCUUUCGGUGCUGAUCAGUUUGAUGAUACUGACCCGGGUGAGAGGGUAAAGAAAGGAUCGUUUUUUAAUUGGUUUUAUUUCUUUAUCAACAUCGGUUCACUCAUUUCAAGUACUCUUGUUGUUUGGAUACAAGAAAAUAUUGGAUGGGGUGUAGGCUUUGGAAUUCCUGCAUUAUUCAUGGGAAUUGCUAUUGCAAGUUUUUUCUCUGGAACUCGUCUUUAUAGGUUUCAAAGACCUGCCGGGAGCCCAUUAACGAGGAUGUGCCAAGUAGUAGUUGCAUCAGUCCAGAAGCAUAAGUUGGAGCUCCCACAAGAUAGUACUCUCUUGUAUGAAACUCCGGAUAAGCUUUCAACGAUUGGAGGAAGUCGAAAGCUGGAGCACACUGAAGACAUGAAGUUCCUGGAUAAAGCUGCUGUGUUGUCAGAUUCUGAUGUACAAAGUGGGAACUUUAACAAUCAUUGGAGAUUGUGUAGUGUAACACAAGUGGAAGAAUUGAAGCUCUUGAUUCGCAUGUUCCCUAUAUGGUCAACAGGAAUUGUGUUUUCUGCCGUCUAUUGCCAGAUGGCAACUCUUUUUAUUGAACAGGGAAUGGUCAUGGACAGAAAAGUUGGAACCUUCACCAUCCCAGCAGCAUCCCUUUCCGCUUUCGAUGUCAUCAGCGUUAUCUUUUGGGUUCCGAUCUAUGACAAAGUUCUUGUUCCUGUAGUCAGAAAGUUCACUGGCAAGGAAAGAGGGAUCUCAGUUCUACAGAGGAUGGGUAUCGGUCUUUUCAUCUCUAUCCUUGCCAUGAUAUCUGCUGCCUUGGUGGAGAUCAGGCGUCUGCAAAUUGCAGAAGAGCUGGAUUUGAUCAAUGAACAUGUUCCAGUCCCACUUAGCAUCUUCUGGCAAAUUCCCCAGUUUUUCUUGGUGGGGUCUGCAGAGGUAUUCACGUUCAUUGGACAACUCGAGUUCUUCUAUGACCAAUCACCUGAUGCGAUGCGUAGUUUGUGUAGCGCGCUCUCUCUUCUAACUAUUUCAUUGGGGAAUUACUUGAGCUCUCUGAUUCUAAUGAUUAUGACAGCCAUUACAACUGCUGGUGGGAAGCCCGGAUGGAUACCUGAUAACUUAAACCAGGGUCGUCUUUAUAAUUUUUUCUGGCUCUUGGCUGGUCUCAGCUUCUUGAAUCUGCUGGUUUAUAUAUUCUGUGCCAUGAAGUUUAAACAGAAGAAUGCUUCAUAGCAAUCCUGCUGAAAGGUAUUGUCAACUAUGAUAUUCUUUCAGGUGAUGCUACUGUUACUUUGAAUAUGAUUCCAGAUGAUGCUAAAUUAUCUGUAAUAUAUCUAGGUAGAAUCAUGUAAUUAUCUUUCCUUCAUUCUAUCUUUGUAACAUAUCCAAUGAUAAUUCAACCCUUUUUCCUUGUCUAGGGUGUGCAAGUUGUUAUGUUGUUGCUUCCCUUCUUGUUAAAUCAACCCCGGUUGUAUUAAGUGAAAGUUUUGGGGCA